AGACCUCGGAGGAAUGGAUGAAGGUGCUGCGGCUGGUGCAGAGAGCGGAGCCUGACAGCCCAUCUGCCUGGUCCUCCUUUGGGAAGACGAGCCCCCUGAAGGCGUGGGGCGGCCCGCGAGCCCCGAGGCACGGCUGUGGCUCACCCGUGCUGUGCCAGGCUCUGUGCUCCCUGCAGAAAGCACGGGCCGGGCAGGGUGGUGGUCCCCAGAAGCAGGCCCCCCUCCUCCCAGACUGCAUGGGCUGCACUUUGGGAAACGCCCCUGGCUCUCCAGGUGCAAGUUCUUCAGCCUUACUGAGACGCCAGAGGACUACACCAUCAUUGUGGAUGAGGAGGGCUUCCUGGCAGAUAUGUUUUGAGCAGAAGAGCUACAGGCAGGAACUUGUGCCUUAACCACUAAGCACAGUCCCAUGAAGACUAGAUGCCUGGCCACCCAAACACAUUUCCAUCUUCUGAUGGGCACUCAUGCCUUUACCCAGAACUGAUGAGAAUCAUGGCCCCUCAUGCAGAGAAGGAACACCCCAGGAGCUGCCCUCCUCGGAGCACCUGAGUGUGGCGGAUGCCACCUGGCUGGCCCUCAAUGUGGUGUCAGGCGGUGGCAGCUUCUCCAGCUCUCAGCCCAUUGGUGUGACCAAGAUUGCCAAGUCAGUCAUCGCCCCGCUGGCCGACCAGAACAUCUCCGUGUUCAUGCUUUCCACGUACCAGACGGACUUCAUCCUGGUGCGUGAGCGGGAUCUGCCCUUUGUCACCCACACCUUGUCAUCAGAGUUCACCAUCUUGCGGGUCAUCAAUGGUGAGACGGUGGCAGCUGAAAACCUCGGCAUCACCAACGGCUUUGUCAAGUCCAAGAUGGUCCAGAGGCCCGUCAUCCACCCACUGUCCAGCCCAAGCAACAGGUUCUGUGUCACCAGCCUGGAUCCUGACACGCUGCCCGCUGUUGCGACGCUCCUUAUGGAUGUCAUGUUCUACUCCAAUGGAGUGAAGGACCCCAUGGCUGCCAGCGACGACUGCGACCACAUCCGCUUCUUCUCCUUCUCCCUCAUCGAGGGCUACAUCUCCCUGGUGAUGGACGUGCAGACCCAGCAGAGGUUUCCUAGUAAUCUGUUGUUCACGAGCGCAUCUGGAGAGCUCUGGAAGAUGGUGCGCAUCGGAGGACAGCCCCUGGGAUUCGAUGAGUGUGGUAUCGUGGCCCAGAUCUCUGAGCCCUUGGCUGCUGCAGACAUCCCCGCCUACUACAUCAGUACUUUCAAGUUCGACCAUGCACUGGUACCGGAAGAAAACAUCAAUGGUGUCAUCAGCGCCCUGAAAGUCAGCCAAGCAGAGAAGCAUUAGAAGGACCUCUUCUACCCUCCCCUUCUGUCCCCCAGGCCUGGGCCUGGCCCCCACCCCAAAGAUUCUUCUUGCAGUAUUUCUCAACAGACUGGAAAGUCGACCCCAGGGCCCCCAAAGAAGGAACCUCUGGGAGAUGCCCUGGGUUGCUGAUCCCGCCAGGCCUAGGACCCAAGCCAAGGCCUCCCAUGCCCUCUGCCUUUCCGGAGCCCCCAGACCCUCCAGAGAACCCCUUGCCUCCUCCCCCCAGCCCUGCCCCAGAAAACGAUGUCUGAGGCCCAGGGAGCUUGUGAACUGACUCACCUUCUCAUCCCACCUUGCCCACAGCUGAGGGCAGACGCUGAAGGAAGCUGCGCCUCCUACAAGAUACUGGGGUACUGAUUCUCUUGUCAUCUUGGGGGCUGGCUGAGCGGGACUGAGUUCAUGGAACCUGGGAAGACCCCUGUGAGGAUGGGGGGCUGAACACUGUGGUCGCUGGUCUCUGGUUCCAUCAGCUCGGGGCUGGUUCCCGCAGAGUGGAGGCCAGUGGGUAGCCCUUGGGUCAUGUGCUGCUGAGGCUCUGAUGGAGCAUGGGUGGGCCCUGAGUUGGGGGGGACCCCAGCCACCCAGAACCUCACCUGCCAACCACAGGGCCUGCGCCCUGACUCCCAGCAAGACUGCCAGGGGGCCCUGUCCAGACCCGCCCCACCACAAGUACUCACUCCUGGAGGACAAGGCAGUUCCCAGGAGACCCACCAGCCUGGGGCACACGGUCCUGUCCCCUCUGGUUUUCCUAGACCCUCCUUGGACAGGCAGAGCCUCAGUUUCCCUUAAGUAGGGACAUCCCCAGCAUUCUGGGCUUGGGGUUUCUUAGGUCACCCACACCUCCCCAGCAGUUGACUAGACCAGCACAGGGCUCCCCCUUUGUCAGACCCUCCCCUCCCCCACUUUUGGGGGCCAUGGAAGGCCUCUGCCCCCAACUUUCCUGCCUGCCUGCCCCUCAGUCCAGGGACUGUGGCAUUCAUGAGUACUUGACCUGGGAGGCAGCUUAUCUGAGCCUUAAUAGAGAAAACCAUACCUUGUUUUAGUUUCUUAUUUAAUGUAUCUGUGCCCAGGCUGCGGUGGGCAGCAUUUUCAGGGGUUGGGGCCUGCUGAGUUCUGUCAGGGGGCCCAGAGGCUCAGUGUCACUUGGCUGGUACCCUGUGGCUCCAGGGACAAACAUGGGAAUCAGGAGCUGUUGUGGGGGCCUUGGCCCUCUCUUCAGAGCAGGAAGCUAGAAACAGAGGUCUGUUACAAGGCGGAGGUCCCCGGGACACCUCACACAGGGCUGCCCAGCCAGCUCCACUGGCAGGUAUCCAGGCAGCUGUAGUUCUGAGCAUCAGAGGGGACCCAAGGGCCACGGGGAGAUAGACAGCCAGGCGAUAGAGGCUGACCAGAGAGACUAGGGCAAGCCCCGGUGCCACCUCCCCAGCAGGGGCUCCUUUCUGAACAAGGAGGACCUGAAGGGCUGCUGUGGCUCAUGCCCUUCCUGGCGCUCUUUCUCAGACGGCAGCUGGCUGUGCUGUCCCUGAGGAGUUUGGAGGAGAAGGGACGUUCUCUUGGUCUGGUGAAGGGCUUAUGUGAUCCCCGCUCCCCCCUCUCCAAGCCCUGGAAGCCCACCAGAUGGAGGAGCUCUACAUCAGGAUCUGUGCCGAUCCUCGGGGCCCAAGCACUGAUUAGGAACCCACUUUUUUUUUUAAGUUGAUUCAUUAUGCACAAAACAACCAAAAUGUGUCAAUUGUUUGCUGGUUCCAAAACUGGGGUGGCCAAGUGGGUGGGGCAGCCCUUGAAGCUCCGAGUCCCCUUUCUGUCCCUGAAAGGCCUUGACUUUCCGUGAUGCACCUCUCCAGACUCCUUCCUGUAGGUUCCCUGAAUCUGUCACUUCUCCACCUUUCCUCCCUGCCGAGCAAGUGUGUCGGCCCCAUGACCCCAGAACCGUGUGCUCCCCAGACCCUCUAGGACGUAUCUAUUGUACACACCUAUAAAUACCUGUGUUUUAUGUUGAUAUAGAUAUAUACUGUAAAUAGCAUAUAUACUUGAGCAAUAUAUAUGUUAAUAUAUACUGUGGGAGCACACACAUGCGUGUGUGUGCAGUACGUGGACACAGACCCCACUGUGUGUGCGCCUGUGUGCGUGAGGGCCUCGCCCCACUGUGUCUGCUGUGCACCCAGCACGUUUUGAGCCACCAUCUAUUUUUAAUUCAAGUAUAUAGGCAAUACGAUGAUGAGAGAAGCCGCUGGCUGCCUCCGCCCUGACUUGAGAGACAAACAAAACCAGCAGCCCAGGAGCUGAGCCCCGGGACAGGAGCCAAGGGUCCGCACUCCCUUCUUCCCCAGCUUCCUUUGAAAGAUGGAUUCAGCCCCUUCCUGCACCCCUUUCCCAUGGCCAAGGGCCCUGAACACCCUCGUUUUCUUUCGGGGAUGGUGGUUCAGAGGGAGUCGUUGGAAUUUCUUGCUUUCGAACAAAACACACCCCUCCCCAGCGCCCUCAGCCUGAAGACCUGGGCCAGUGGGAUGGUCAUCCCUCAGCUUGCCAUCUGGGGUCUGUUCCCCUCCUCGCAUACUUGUUUUCAUGCUGACGGCUUACCUGACUUUUUUACCUGCAAACUUAGAAACCUCUGGUUCUUUUCCAGGUCUCCUCCUGGGGACUGGACCUAUGCCCUUGACAUUGUGUCCGGGGAGGGGUUGGGGUGAGGGCUAGCACUUCAGCCCCGGUGGGUGGCCUGUGGAGGGUUAUUUGCCCAUUCCCCGUCAUCCUGCUGUGUGAAGAGGCUGGGCGCAUGCUCUCAGUGUCUGUUCAGGCCUAUGGGGAGCAGAGUCAGUGGUUUGGUCUCCACAGCAAUUUGGGGAGAAGAGUAAGUGGUUUUCCCUGUGGCCAGCUGCCCCCAGUUGUCUCCAGGUUUCCUGGGUGUGGGGGUCUCAGACCCCAAGCUCCACUUGGAGGGAUGAUGUGCUCCUCAGCGAGGCUGACAUAGCCCAGACCCACCAGAGAAUCAGCCUGAGGAAGAUGCCCUGUGGGGGCUGAGGGUCUCUGGGCUCCGGCUGGGGAGGCAGGCAGCGCAGUAAAGGAAACGGGGCUCCUGGGCCUGGCUGCCGAGAGGCGGGGUGAGUGGGCACCCGGAGCCGCCACCUGGCCUCUGAGCUUUUGUCUUUGCCUCUGUGCCUCUCCCUGAUGAGAAAAGCUCAAACCGUCUACACCACCCCCACCCCUCGCCCCUUGCCUGCCCCAUCCGUGUACACUCCAGAGUGGUGCGAGUCAAGGAGGGGAGAGGCAGGGACAGGAGGAGCCCUGGCCAAUAAGGCCCUCACCCCACUUAGAAAAAUCUGCUCUGGCUCCACCCUCAGCAUGGGCUUCCCUGGUUCCCACGAACCCCCUUCUCCCUCAGCCACAGUCCUCACCCACAGAGAGUUGGGCAGGGCCAGCUCUGCACCUCCUUCCUCCACGGGGGUCUCCAAAGUCCCCCAAGAGGUGCUGCCCAUGCCACUGCCCUCAGCCCAGGCACUCAUCCGAGCUGGAGAGGUGUGCAGACCUCAACUCUCAAGAUUCAGGGGGUACAGAGCCCCCCAAGCACCAGCAGGCUCCCCUCCCACCCUCUCCAGGCCACAGGCUCCUGGUAGAAGAGAGGGAGCCGGGGAACCCACAGAUGCCCACUGUGGCCUCCCUGCCAGGUAGCAUGGCCUCCGAGACCAGUGUGGUGUCCAGAAGGAGAUGCAGGGUCUGGUGGGGCUCAUCCCCUCUGAGGUGACAGAGGAGGCUUAGGAGGUCAGGAGAGAAUGCUCUGGGGAGAUAGGAAGAUCGUGGCCCCCACCCCAAGCCAAGGACACUAUUUGCUGAUCAUCAAAGAGGAACCUGCACCCACCAGCGGCCCCUCCUGGCAGCAUCUCCCAGGCUGACCUUUAGGAUCCCAUGGCCACACAGGGCCAGCUUUCUGAGCCACUGGGUCUGGAUGUGGGGACAAAUAGGGCCCUUCCCAGCCCCAGCUAAGAGAGGGUGCCUUGGGGAGCUCGCAGAUGAGAGCAGAGCACGCCAGCCCUGGGACUGAGCAAGUUUUGAUGCCACUCUGUGAGUAGACACUGGGCAGAGGUUGGAAGGAAGCCCCCCCCAAAAAAUAUCUGUGCCCACUGUAAGUCAGGGCAGGGGGCAGCCGGUCACUGCUGUCACAACCAUGGGUUGGCUUAGUGAGCGGAGCUUGGGGCAGGAUGAUGGGAACUCCCAGCAGUGGACAGACAUGGGCUUUGGCUUUUCAGCUUUCCUAGACGCUGUGCUGAGGGAGGGGCUGGAGCCCUCCCUCCAUCCAGAGAGGCCGCCUGGGAGGGGAGCCCAGCAGGGUGGUGGCCGGCGUCAGCCCUGCAGAGGGCAGGCUGGGGAAGAGUGGCCAGGGCUGUCCUGAGGGCAGUGGAGCCCUGGUGUAGCUGGACACCCUUUCCUACAUCUCACUGCUCAGCUAGCUUUUUGCUUUCUUUCGUUUUCAAACUGGAGGCAGCAAAAGGACAAGCUUAAUUGUCUCUCAUCCCCUUUCCAUACCUUCAGCUUCCAAAUUCACGCCUCCUAUGAAGCCCUCUCUCUUGGAAGGAAAGGUGGGAGCUGGGGGCUGAGGCAGCCUCUGUCUUUGAGGCUGAUGCACCAGGAGUGGCCUGGAGAGAAGGCAGAAGCCUGUGGCCUGGCCCCUGGCAUCCGUGGGCCGCCUAGUUGUAAGGGAGUUUGUGGCUCUCAGUUCAAGGAGGGGGAGGCUGUGAGAGUCAGAGGUGGAGGGCGGCCCCUGCCCUGGAGUCAGGACAGUGUUGUGGGCACUCGUGUGUUUAUGCAUACACACAGAAGUGUGAACGUGUGCUGGGCCCUCCACAGUGUGUGUGAGCACAUGCGUGUAGAGCCCAAAUCUGAAGUAAGGGAUUUUGAUCUGAGCUCAUCUAGUAUGUUGAGGCCUCGGCAGCGUUCUCAGUCGUGGGGCACAUGUGGAGAUGAUGGGGAGGCGGGCCUCGCAGGCAGGACUGCCCCUCCCCACUUGACUUUGGAACACUGCUCUCUGGAGUGGGGGAGAGGAGUCCCUAGCAGGGGUCUGCUGUGCUCUACAGAGGCCUGGCUGUCCAUGCAGCCCACCCACGUGGCUUGACCUGCUGAGCUGUCUCUUCAGAAGCAUCCAGUCCUGAGGACAUUGUUCACAAGGAGAGGUUUUGGGUGCUGGUGCCCCUUCUCAUCCCUGAAGAGGAUCUAGCAAGGUUGGAGAUGAGAAGGGAGGGGGGAUGAAAAACAGGCCAAAUCCAGGUCCCAAGUCACAGGCCAACCCCAAUGUGUUUCCAUGUCCACUGCCUCAGUUUACCUAUUCAGAAAAUGGUCCAGAAUGAACUGAGCACAGUUGGCUGCAAAACUGGGGUCGGGGGUAACACAGAAUCCCAAGCCCUCCUCUCGCUCUAUGCCAAAAUCGUUUCCGUUAUCCUGAGAUGGGAGUGAGUGGAUGCUGGAUGCACAGUGUGGCUCUGAGAGGCCUCUCCCCUGCCCAUGGCCUUGUCUUGGAGGUCUGGCCCUCACCUGGCAUGCCCUGGGUCACCAGCAGUAGCAGUGGCACUCACACCUGUCCCAAGGUCUGGAGAGGGGAGAAGUGGGCAGCGCUCCACCUUGGAGGGGCCCUCAUGCUUUCUUUCUUUCUUGAAGAAACACGAAACCCUUGAGAUUCAUGUACUGUAUGAUGGAGAGAAAAAAGUACCUAAUGUUCCCCAAAAAAGACAGUAUAUUUUGUACUUUGUAAAGUGUUAAUUAAAAUGGAGAGAAAAAUCA